UUUUAUUUUAGAAUCUCGAAAUAUAUUUUCUCUUAUUGAAUUAUUAUUAGCUUCGCAAGAAAUGGAAUCUCAAUACAAGGAUAGUGACAAUGGAGUUACCAAUGGUGGAGAGGAGGAAUUUGUAGCGGUGGCUAACAAGAGAAAAAUGGUGGGAUGGGGUUUGUUUCUGCGUGCGGCGGCGGCGGCGCUCAGCCUAGCAGCAGCGGUGGUUCUCAGCCUUGAUAACCAAACGACGAUGGUGGCGCUGCGGCCGCGGGUGAUUGUUCCGGUUACGGCUAAGUGGCAUUACUUGUCCGCUUUUGUGUACUUUGUGGUGGCAAAUGCUAUAGCAAGUGUAUAUGGAACCAUCUCAUUACUCUUGACAUUGGCAAGUAGUAGAGGCGGAAAGAGAAGAAUUGUUGUGGUGGUGGUUGUUUCCGAUCUAGUGACGGCGGCGUUACUAUUUUCGAGCUUCGGAGCCGCCGCGGCCGUCGGCCUCAUCGGCCGGGAAGGGAAUUCGCAUGUCCAAUGGCGGAAGGUUUGUGAUGUGUUCGACAAAUUUUGUAUGCAAGGCGCGGCGGCGCUCUUGCUCUCCGGCGGAGCCUCGGUGAUGUUCUUUACGUUGGUGGUCGUCGCAAUCUUUAACCUUCACAACAAAAACUAAUUAAGUCCUCUUUAUUUGAAGAUUUAAUUAUGAUCAUGAUUGUAUUGUAAUUAUUUGUUGGUAAAUUAUAGUACGUUUAUUUUCGAG